AUGCCCUCACCCUCCCUCAAGGUGGCUGUGGUAUGCAUGAGUAACAUGAACAGGAGCAUGGAAGCCCACAGCAUCCUCAGGGAAAAAGGGUUCAGUGUCAGGUCUUUCGGAACUGGAUCUCGCGUGAAGCUCCCAGGCCCGGCACCCAAUGGCCCCAUAGUUUACGAUUUCUCAGUGACAUAUAAACAGAUGUACAAUGACCUUUGCAGGAAAGACAGAGAAUGCUACCGCAGGAAUGGACUCUUAUACAUCUUGGGAAGAAAUGAGAGAAUCAAGCCUCGGCCAGAGAGAUUGCAGGAGUGCAGCGAUCCCUUUGAUGUCAUCUUUACCUGUGAGAAGAGGGUCUAUGACAGAGUGGUGGAAGAAACGUGUGCCAGAGAGCAGGAGACGUUCUAGCCUGUGCACGUGAUCAACGUGGACAUGGAAGACACCCUAGAGGGCGCCACCCUUGGAGCUUUCCUCAUCUGUGAGCUGUGCCAGAGCCUACAGCACAUGGAAGACUUGGAAGAUGGUCUGGAUAAGCUGCUCCUGGCAGCGGAGGAGAAAACAGGAAAGAGCUUUCUUCACACAGUCUGCUUCUACUGA